GGAGGAGAUCACACGACGCGAAGGCAUUGAUCAACUUGGUUUAUCUCAUGACUGUGAUGCGCAGCAGCAGAUUCAGACUUCAUCCGCUCUGCUCAGGAAGAGAAAUCAGCCAUCUCUCAAAUCACUACAAAUAUCAGUCUCUACAUCCAGAAAACACAUUAAAAGCCUCAGAGGAAUACCGCGAUCUACGGAAACAGAGACAAAGUGGAAGGAAAAAGCAUCUCGAUAAGCUUAAAUGACGACUUCUAUUGGAUACAAAACCUCUUGAAAUAGGGAAUGGACUAAUUGAUGAUGGGGGAUGGUCGCUCUUGCAUCGUAAGGAAAGUCGCCUUGCCCACCUGACACAUGAGGACCGCUCAUUGUACAGGGAUCAUGAGGGCUGUGCUUUAGUGAGAUAUCAAAGGGUUCCGGUAAUGUGCCAUGGGGUACGACAUCACCAGGUUCCAAGGAGAGGUGGACGAGGAUCUGUUGUGUCCCAUCUGCAGCGGGGUGCUAGAGGAGCCAGUGCAGGCCCCUCACUGUGAGCAUGCCUUCUGUAAUGCCUGCAUCACACAGUGGUUUGCACAGCAGCAGAUCUGCCCCGUGGACCGCACCGUUGUGACCCUUGCCCACCUUCGACCCGUCCCCCGCAUCAUGCGUAACAUGCUCUCCAAGCUCCAGAUGUCCUGUGAUAACGCUGGCUUCGGCUGCACGGCCACCCUUCGGCUCGACCAGCUGCAGUCACACCUCAAGGACUGCGAGCACAACCCCAAACGACCCGUCACGUGCGAGGAAGGUUGUGGGCUAGAAAUGCCCAAAGAUGAGAUGCCAAAUCACAACUGUAUUAAGCAUCUACGCAGUGUGGUGCAGCAACAACAGACCAAGAUUGCAGAUCUGGAGAAGACUGCCGCUGAGCAUAAGCACCAACUUGCAGAACAGAAACGCGACAUCCAGCUCCUGAAAGCUUACAUGCGAGCAAUACGGAGCGCUAACCCUAACCUACAGAACCUGGAGGAGAGCAUAGAGUACAAUGAGAUCCUGGAAUGGGUGAACUCUCUGCAGCCCGCUCGCGUGACCCGUUGGGGAGGAAUGAUCUCCACACCAGACGCCGUCCUCCAGGCCGUCAUCAAACGGUCGCUCAUAGACAGUGGAUGUCCUUUGUCGAUUGUUAAUGACCUCAUCGAGAACGCCCACGAGCGCAACUGGCCCCAAGGCUUGGCCACGCUGGAGACGCGGCAGAUGAACCGUCGAUAUUACGAAAACUAUGUGGCCAAGCGCAUUCCGGGUAAGCAGGCCGUGGUGGUGAUGGCCUGUGAGAACCAGCACAUGGGUGAAGAUAUGAUUCUGGAACCAGGUUUGGUUAUGAUCUUCGCUCAUGGUGUGGAGGAGAUCUUAUAGUCUGUAUAUAGGUGGGCGCAAAUGAUGAAAAGCAGGAAGGGGUUUACAAAAACUGACUUACCACCCCCCACCCCCAAUCUAAAAGAUUCUUAAUUCAUCCCACUAAAAAUAUCAAGACCUCUUCGGCAGUCUUUACCUCAAAUUCUCUGGAAGGAGGAAGGCAGAGAAGGCUCUCCACUCGUUUGAUGACCUCCAGCAUUCCUAUUCUCUUUGCCUUAAAAGGACAUUUUUUUCAAAAAGUGGACCCUAAUGACGCAUACCAACUUGAAACAUUAUCAGGGAUGAUGGUACACACAUGUUUUAACAUUUAACAUUGAAAUCGAAAGGAUUUGAAGUGAUGUCUAAUUUCCCCUUUAACAUUUAUUUCUCUUGAGAGCAAGUACAUGUCAAUCACAGCUUUCAACCGUGUAAAAGACCAGUUAAGAUUCUUGUAAAUACAGAUGAUUAAGAAAUAUAGACAAAUAUGCUAUCUGUUCUUGUUCUAAUAGAGUAGUUGACAUUUUUGCUGUCUUCAUCUCAGUUUGCUAUUUACAGUAGUGUGUUUUAGCUACCAUUGAUCUCAAUGUUUUUUUUUUUUUUUUUAAAGAGAGCUAUGAUUAAAGUAUGCUAGAUAAAGAGCUAACUCUUCUCUGUGUUAACUUUGCACUCUAUGACGAUUGGAAAAACAAGAUGUCAUGAAUUUUGUUUUGUGAAGAUUUGUCCUUCUUGAGCGCAAAGAGUGAAGAAGGAUUUGUAUGAUGUAAAUCAACAACCGGUUAGAUAACUUUUAUUUCACACUGCUCUGUGGGUUUUUAUUAUGUGCAUCCAAAAACUCUAAAUUUUCAAAUAUUUUUUUUUUUCCAGAAACUAUUUUUUAUGCUUUUUGUUAUUUUCUACUGGCAUCUUUCUCACUAUUAAUAAUCGGAAUUAGACAUAAGACUGACUGGUUGACCUCAAAGGUUUCUUCUAGGUGAUUUAGCGAAAACAUAAAUGGUGGAUGAAAUGUAUAUGAAGUAUACAAACAUUUUGAAAAAUGACCAACCUACAGCUGAUGUAAAACCAUUAUGUCUGCAGAUGCUCAACCAUAUCUGGAGUGUUUUUAAUCCAUCAUUUGCCACAGCACCUCUUGACACAUUUUAAAGAAUUACAAGAUACGACGGUGGUAUGUUUGUGUAUAUUGUGCAAUUGGUUUAAGAAUUUAUUUUGCAUAUUUUACGUACCUUCAUUGUACAUAGUUGAUUUAAUCCUUUAAUUAAUUUGUGUUGUACGACCGUUGUCUUUGCAACCAAAGUGUUCUAUUGUGUUGAAUGCACAUCGUGCUUGCUUUUUUGUCGUUGAUGUUAUUGCUCGAACACCGAAAAAGGACGUUCAGCGAUUCUGAAAUGUAUCUUUGAAGCUAUUGUGUGUCAUCUGCUUCAGUGUUACAUAGACCUGAAUGCUCAGUGCGUUGUUUACAGUAGCUUUUUUUCCGCAAAUGUUGUUUAAUAAUAGCUGAAAACUAAGGACCCAGAAUGUUUUAACUGCAAUAUUCAGCCGGGUCUAUGUGAAUUAGAGAGAAAUGUAUGUGAACUGCCUUAUCACACUUCAUUCGACACUUUACUGCAUGUUUGCUGUAUAAUGUGUCACAUGGCUUCACAGUUAAACAACCCAGUGGAUUUCACUUCAUGGAUCUGAUCACCUUAUGCUAGAAAGUGUCGUUCAUUAGACACCGGUUCACUUCUUCUUGUGCUCAGUUUAAUGAGGCCGAUUCGUCAUCUCUUAUUGGACACGUAAGACUUUCUUGACUCUCAGGAUUUAUCAUCUGACGUCAGGGAUGAAACGUUCAAAGAGCUCAUGUUUCCCGCUGCAGCAUUGUCCGUGGAUGUGGCAGUCUUCUGUUUGUUUUUGUCUUUCAUUCUUGCUUUUGUGCUGUGGGUUACUGAAAGAAUAUGAAUAAAUAUCAUUUGAUUUUGCAAUAUGA